AUGGUGAGUGAAGCAAAGAAGAAGAGGGCGGCGUUGAAGAAGGCAAAGACACCCGGAGCCACUGCAGCAAAGGCAGAUGCGGGCAGUCCCAAUGAGAACAGCAGUCCCAGCAAUGGCGUGCAAGAGAUCACCAAGGGUGUGGAGGACGUGGGUAUCUCCAACGACCGCACCUGCACAAGCGUGCUGACCUCACACCCGCAGUCGCGCGACAUCCACCUGGAGAGCCUGACCCUGCUGUUCCACGGACACGAGCUUAUCGCAGACGGCAACCUGGAGCUCAACUUUGGCAGGCGGUAUGCGCUCGUGGGGCCAAACGGCAGCGGCAAGUCGACGCUGCUGAAGGCCCUGGGCAACAGGGAGGUGCCCAUCCCAGAGCACAUCGACAUCUACUUCCUGGACAGGGAGAUUCCCGCCACAGACAUGACCGCGCUGGAGGCUGUCAUGAGCGUGGACUCGGAGCGGCAGAGGCUGGAGAAGGAGGCAGAGAGCCUGCUGGGGGAGGAGAGCGAGGAGGCCCAGGCUCGAUUGGAAGAUCUCUAUGAGCGGUUGGAUAGCCUGGAUGCUUCCACAACAGAAGCGCGAGCGGCGCGGCUGUUGCACGGGCUCGGCUUCACAAAGACAAUGCAGCAGAAACGCACGCGAGAUUUCUCCGGAGGAUGGCGGAUGCGGAUUGCGCUGGCCAGGGCGCUCUUUGUUGACCCCACCUUCCUCAUCUUGGACGAGCCGACCAAUCACCUGGACUUGGAAGCUUGUGUCUGGCUGGAGGAGACCAUGAAGCACUUCAAAAGGAUCUUGCUCCUUGUCAGCCACUCCCAGGAUUUUAUGAACAACGUGUGCACAAACAUCAUCCGCUUGCAUCAAAAGAAGCUACAUGCAUAUGGAGGCAAUUACGACACCUACUUGAACACAAGAGCGGAAUUGGAGGAUGCACAGAUGAAGAAGCACAAGUGGGAGCAGGACCAAAUAUCCCACAUGAAGGAGUACAUAGCACGCUUCGGUCAUGGCAGCGCCAAAUUGGCACGGCAAGCGCAGAGUAAAGAGAAGACGCUUGAGAAGAUGGUCAGGAGCGGCUUGACAGAGGCCGUGAAGCAGGACCAUGUGGUCAAGCUGCACUUCACAGAUGUGGGGAAGCUUCCGCCGCCCGUACUCCAGUUCAUCAAUGUCACAUUCGGAUACUCGCCUGACCGGGUCCUCUACAGUGAUGUGGACUUGGGGGUGGAUUUGGACAGCAGGGUGGCCAUCGUGGGGCCGAAUGGUGCUGGCAAGUCGACGCUGCUUAAGCUGAUGACUGGAACGCUGGAGCCGCUGGAUGGCAUGGUCAAGCGCCACAACCACCUCAAGAUCGGCGUUUACCACCAGCACCUCACAGAGCUGCUCGACCCCAAGCUCACACCCCUCGAAUACAUGCUGAAGGAGUUUCCCGAGGGCACAACACUGGAGGGCAUGCGGAAGGCGGUGGGCCGCUUUGGGAUCACGGGCAAGGCGCAGACGCAGCCCAUCCUGCAGCUCAGCGACGGCCUGCGCAGCCGACUCGUCUUCGCAUGGCUGGCCUACAAGACGCCCCACAUCCUGGCCCUGGAUGAGCCCACCAACAACCUGGACAUGGAGACGAUUGACUCCCUGGCGCGAGCCAUCAACAACUGGGACGGUGGCAUGGUCCUGGUCAGUCAUGACUUCCGGCUCAUUAGUCAGGUGGCUCAGGAGAUCUGGGUUGUGGGGGACAACACGGUCACCAAGUGGCAGGGAACCAUUGAAGAGUACAAGGAGCAUCUCAAGGCGACGCAUGAGGCGCUUAAUGAAGGCAAAAAUGAAGUCAAGAAGGAGAUGACUGAGCGAUGA